AUGUUCUCUCAAGCUGCUAGAAUCAUUACACCUCGCUCGCACGCUGCCAACACGCUUGCAAAGUUGGAGGAUGCUCUCUCCAACCCACCCUGCCUUUCCUGCUCGCACUUGGAAAUGAAAUACAAGGCAGUAGACUCAAUGCUUGGCAGAAAGAUUAUUGAGGUGAUGGAUAAGGACCUCGAAAUCCGCCGCAUUACUGCGGAAGCCCAGAAGAGGAAGGUGGCUUUGGAUGUGCGUUACAACGACUACGUCAAUGCAACACGCACAAGCCUCGACCUCCACGGGCUAGUUGCUGCAGCUACCACCUCCAUUUCCAAUGGUGCCAGCGCUGAGAAGGAGACACUCCAUGAGCUGCUUCGCAUGAACAUAGCCGCUGUCAAUAGUGCCGGCACCAAGGAGGGAACAGUGCACAACUUUUGUCGCGAGCAACUUGGUGUAUCUACUGGCGAGUCUGGAAACGCACACCGCGCAACUGGCGAGACUCUACUUUACGAGACUACGCAUACUCAUGCUGUUGAGCCCAAUUCUGUCUACCUUCGCCACAAGCUUGCAAAAUCUGACAAACAGGUUGACCAGCAGCAACGCACCACCUUCUUCAAUAAGUGGGAUAAGCCAAACACACUGGCAUUCGAGUCAGUGCACUGCAUCUUGAACAUUGCUGAUCGGCAUGUUGAUCAAAUGGUGGAUGCGCACAGCGGAUGGGCUCGCAGCCACACCGAGAUACUGGAGCAACUGAGCAAGGACCUACUCGAGGCCUGCGAGUUAUGGCUGGACGAUGGGUUUGACUUGGGCAUUGAGGAGUUCAAGGAAAACAUGGCCAAGCUGGCCGAACUGAUGGCGCCUAGGGGCGAAUGUGCGGCAAAAAAGAUGGCAAAGGCAAACGCGGCGAUGCGCGACAAUCUGGGCAAGCUCCGCAACCAGCUAAUCACGGGCAUUAAUGUUACCAACACCUGCUUGGGCCCGACGAGUGUUAGAAGUUGGUACACAAACAACAACACCAACGCCAGCGCUAGCGCCAACGCCAACGCCAGCCGACUGGACCAGAAAGGAAAGGUUGUAUUCGGUUCAUAUCCAUCUGUUUGGUAG